AUGGUCAACGGCACCACCACAGUGUUGGAGCCUACCUUCACGGGGUACGUUGCGACAACGCAAGAUGCAUUAAUCCUGUUCGAGGCGUGUUUGACCGGUGUCCUGCAUCAUGUGCCUCGCCGACCUCACGAUCGGGAGCGUGGUCAUUUGGUCCGGAGCGGCAGCGUGUUUAUCUACGAGGAAAACUCGUCGGGGAUCAAGCGAUGGACAGACGGCGUCACUUGGAGCCCGAGUCGCAUUCUGGGCAACUUCUUGGUCUAUAGAGAACUCGAAAAGCCAUUCCCCCCGGGCGAGAAGAAGCGAGCGAUGAAGAAGGCUAACCGACGGCCAGUCCCUCCAAACAGACCCGGUGAGCCCUAUCCACACCAUGACAGCAACGGUGGCCAGGCCUAUUCUCCUUCGUCAACCGGGACGUUUGGAGAGAGAUCGCACCAGUCAGAUGUAGAACGAGCGCUAGUCGGUUCCUUGGUGGAUUCCUACGGCUUCAAGGACUCGGGUCUGGUCAAGAAGACGAUGAGUGUGACUGUCUCUGGCGUGACGCACCAUCUGGUGUCAUACUAUAGCGUCGAAGAUGUGAUGAGAGGUGUCUUGAACCCGCCGUCGAUGGUCGAUUCACUGAGAUUUAUCAGGCCCCGGGCAGAACUGAUCCAGAAGCAAAGCUUCCGGGCUCCCAUUGAUGAUCUAGAGGCUGGCAGCAUGGAGAAUGUAAAUGACCCAUCCCACGCGCUGUACGGAUAUCGUCCGCAGCUGGUAGCCCCAUAUGGGGUGUCGAAUCAUCAUUCGGAGUUCUACAUGCACGCGAACCCUUAUGCGGCCACUCAUCCGCCACAGUCGGCCCCUAUGACGGCGUAUUCAAUGGCCGGGUCAAUCCCUGCACAGCCGGCCCCCAAUCCCUAUCUUCCUGCUCCGUCAGCUCCGACUCAGAUCCCACAGAAACCCGACGACUAUCCGCAGUUCCGAGCUCCAGCGCAGUAUGGCACGAGCUUCGAUGCGCUUAACCAUAAUCCUCUUUCGUCGUCCAUUCCAUCCGCCCUGGGCGGGGCGAUGCCGAGCUCUUUGAGCGACCGUAAUCGGUCCCACUCGGAUCACAGCCCCUCGGCUUAUCGGAACUCCUCGAUUUCCUCGCGAAGCGUUGCAACCGAUGCAACCUCGCCGAUGGAUCCUGCCACUCCGGCUACAUAUUCACGGGGUAACAGUUUCAGCCUAGCGGGGCAAUUGGAUGGGGCGUCGCACCAGUCUCUGGAACAGCGCGGCAUGUCGGCUUUUGACCCUAGUAUCCCUCGUCGGGAGUCGAAUCCAAUGCCUAACCCUUAUUACCCCGGCGACAGACAUCCGUAUUAUGUGGGCGCCACCGCUCAAGCUGCCCAUACCAACUACCCUUUGUCGACUUGGGCGACGGCUCCGGCUCAACCGUAA